ACGCACUGGAGCCGCAGUGGGGGCCUGACUAGUCCGGACUGUCGCUUUGCCGGUGUGAGCCUCGGAGUUUCCGGGAGAGCCCAAGUACGGAAGUGGCCCUCAGGCAGGGGGACUUGAGUGACUAGCGCUCACCCUACUUUUGUGUCUUUCGCGACUGCGCGAGCCCUCCCCGGGCCAGGUCUCAGUGUAUCUUUGGUCAAAGAAAACCUUUAGUCUAUAUGUGCUGCCUUAUCCACUGGAAGAAUGACAGAUGACAAAGAUGUGCUUCGAGAUGUGUGGUUUGGACGAAUACCAACCUGUUUUACACUCUAUCAGGAUGAGAUAACUGAAAGAGAAGCAGAACCUUAUUAUUUGCUUUUACCAAGAGUAAGUUAUUUGCCGUUGGUUACUGACAAAGUGAAAAAGCAUUUUCAGAAGGUUAUGAGACAAGAAGAUAUUAGUGAGAUAUGGUUUGAAUAUGAAGGCACACCACUGAAAUGGCAUUAUCCAAUUGGUUUGCUCUUUGAUCUUCUUGCAUCAAAUACAGCUCUUCCUUGGAACAUCACAGUACAUUUUAAGAGUUUUCCAGAGAAAGAUCUUCUACAUUGUCCAUCCAAGGAUACAGUUGAAGCCCAUUUUAUGUCUUGUAUGAAGGAAGCUGAUGCUUUAAAACAUAAAAGUCAAGUCAUCAAUGAAAUGCAGAAAAAGGAUCAUAAACAACUCUGGAUGGGAUUACAGAAUGAUAAAUUUGACCAAUUUUGGGCUAUUAAUCGGAAACUCAUGGAGUAUCCUGCAGAAGAUAAUGGAUUUCGAUACAUACCUUUUAGAAUAUAUCAGGCAACAACUGAGCGACCUUUCAUUCAGAAGUUAUUUCGGCCAGUUGCUGCAGAUGGACAAUUGCAUACAUUAGGUGAUCUCUUAAAAGAAGUUUGUCCUUCUGUAAUUACUCCUGAAGAUGGGGUAAAGAAGAAUCAAAUUAUGAUUCAUGGAAUUGAACCAAUGUUGGAGACACCCUUGCAGUGGCUAAGUGAACAUCUCAGCUACCCUGAUAAUUUUCUUCAUAUUAGUAUCAUACCCCAACCAACAGAUUGAAGGAGAGAUUCUAUUCGCCUAAAAAAAGAAUGAGCAUCACCCU